AUGGAACAUCAACUCUAUGCCAAGGCAGAGAAGUGUGAGUUCCACCUAACGGCCAUCUUGUUCCUAGGAUAUGUAAUCAGUCAAGAGGGGGUUGCCAUGGAUGAGAGCAAGGUUAAUGCAGUACUGAAUUGGCCACUACCUGGCACCAUUAAGGAUUUGCAACGCUUCCUGGGGUUUGCCAAUUUCUAUCGCAGAUUCAUCAGAAACUUCAGUUCAGUAGCCGCUCCACUCACUAAUAUGACUAAGAGGGGUUCAAGUCAUCUGCAUUGGUCACUGCCUGCUUGUGAGGCUUUCGAGGAACUCAAACGCCGGUUCACCACAGCACCCAUCCUGCACCAUCCAGAUCCCAAGUUACCAUUCAUAGUCGAGACGGAUGCCUCCAACAUUGGGAUAGGAGCCAUACUGUCUCAACGUCAGGGCUCACCCGCCAAGAUGUAUCCCUGCACUUUCUAG